AUAUUGGUGUCAAUUGAUAGUUCAACACACCUUAUUCAACGUGCAUGUGAGAGAGUGAUUCUCUAAAACUUUCACCCACAUUAGUGGCUUCCUCAAACCCUGCAUCGUCUGUAAAGUACCCAUAUCCAGCUCUACAUUCAAGCUCGAGUACACCUAAGAGAUCCGCCUCUUAAACUUUCACAUACUCCCAGUCUUUGCCUUCCAAUAUUAAUAUGGCUUCUUCCUCAAACUCUGAAAUAUUGUCUUCUGCAAAGAAGUACCCAUAUCCAGAAGAGGUUGACGUGAGGCAUUUUGUCAAUGUCAUUCUCUCUAGACAAAACUACUUUGUGUGGAAAAAGAAGAUGCUUCAUUUUUUUGGGCGGCAAGGUUUGGUUGGUUUCAUCAAUGGUGAAGUUGUGGCACCACCAGAAAAGAUCACAAUACCAAAUGAUGAUGAUGUUAAUUAACUCUCCCACGGGCACAAGGGAGAUCGAGGACCAGGAUUACGAGGACUGGAAAAGAUCGGAUGAAUUGUUACAAAGAUGGAUAACAGAGACAAUUAGUGAAGAUGUUCUUCCGCAUGUGGUGUGCUUGAAAACUGCUCAAGAUAUGUGGUCAAAGUUAAUUACCCUGCAUGAAACAAAAAUAGAGUACCCACACCCAGCAGAGAUCAAUGUGAGGGACUUUGUUCAAAUCAAGCUCUCUAAAUUAGAUAACUAUUUUAGGUGGAAGUCAUUGAUGAUUGGUCUUAUUAAGAAUCAAGGCAUGUUUGGUUUCAUAAGUGGUGAGGUUUCAGCACCACCUGAAACGAUUAGAGUACCAGUUGAUGAUGAUGACGAUAGCUUCUACUUUCGCACCAAGGAGAUAGAGAACCCGGAUUAUCAGGAUUGGAAAAGAUCCGACGAGCUCUUGCAAAGAUGGAUAAAGCAAACCAUCAAUGAAGAUGUUCUUCCAAAUGUGGUGCGGUGGAAAACUGCUAAAGAUAUGUGGUCACAGUUGGUUAUCCUGGGUGAAAGAAAAAUGGAGUACCCAAAAGAUAUCAAAGUCACGGAAGUUGUUCCCAUCAAGCUCUCUAGUAGUACCCAUAACUACUCUAGUUGGAAAACGCAGAUGCUUCAUUUUAUUGAGAGUCAGGGCAUGCUUGGUUUCAUCAAUGGUGAGGCUUCAAAACCAACACCUUCUGACGAAAGCAGCAGCAACAAUGAAUGGAGAAAAUCAGACGAGAAGUUGCAAAGAUGGAUCAAGGAAACGAUCAAUGAAGAUAUCCGCCAAGACUUGGUACUGCUUGAAACAUCAAAAGAUAUAUGGGAAAGGUUAAUUAUCAUGCAUGAAACUAAUAUGGUUUACCCAUACCCAAUAGAGGUGAACGUGUGCGACUUUGUUCCCUUCAAGCUUUCCAAUAGCAACUAUCGUGAGUGGAGAUGUCUGAUGCGUCGUCUUAUUGAGAAUCAAGGAUUGAUCGGUUUCAUUUUGCCACCAAAUAUCCCAAGAAUAGAUUCCUUGGCGUGGAAAAGAACAGAUGGGUUGUUGCAAAGUUGGAUAAUAAGGACAAUCAAUGAAAGCUUCCUUCCAAGUUUUUUGAAUUUGGAAACUGCGAGUGAUAUGUGGACAAAGUUUGAGAUACUGUUCGAUUCAAAAACUCUAAUUGGUAAGGUUACUCGGGUCAUCACAUUGUUCAGUAAAAUAAAGAAUUUUCAGUAGGUGUGUUUGAUUGAUAAUCUAGUUAAUUAAUUAUCGUAGUCCAACAAAUAAUUUCCCUCAUUUAAUGUGUAAAUGGGUAAAUACAUAUAGACUAAUUAAUUCAUUUUGAUAACAUGCAAAACUGAUGUGCUUCAAUUAAUUAAUCUUGUGUAGAAAACCCAUACCCAGUAGGCAGUAGAGGUUAACGUGGGGGACUAUGUUCCUGUCAAGCUCUCUAGAGAAAACUACUCUAUGUGGUCAAAAUUGAUGCGUCGUCUUAUUAAUAGACAAGGCUUGCGUGAUUUCAUCAAUGGCACAAUUCCGAAACCAAAGCAGUCAUUAGAGAACAAGAGUACGAGCGAGGCAUGGAAAAGAACAGACGGACUAUUACAAAGCUGGAUAAUGGGAACGAUCGAUCAAAAAGAUGUUCUUGCAUGUGUGGUGGAUUUGGAAACUGCCCAUGAUAUGUGGACUAAGUUAGAAAAAGUGUUUGAUCCCUUGAAAAGAAGUGAAACAAGCAAGCCCACUCUCCUGCACCACAUAUAUAGAUAAUUUAUUAUUAUUAUUAUAUUUAUUUCCUCUUAGUUUAUGAAAAUGCUUUAUUUAUUUAUUAUACACGUACCCACUUUAUAAAUUAUUUAUGUUUGUUGAAUUUGAAUGAAAGUGAAAAACAAAGAAGGCGAAGAAAAAGAUGUAGGGUUUUACCGGCCACUGCAUAGAGCUACACUGAAAGGUGAGUGGGAGAAAGCCAAAGAAUUCUUGGAAAAACACCAAGAUGCAGUGAGUGCGGACAUCACCGGAGAGGGGGAUACAGUACUGAUGGUAGCAGUUAGGUCUGAGAAGAGAUAUCAUUUUGUUAAGUAUCUGUUGGAGUUUAUGAGUGCGUCAUCACAUGUGGAUUUGACUAAAACUAAUGACAAAGGGAGACAUGUCUUCAUUUAGCAGCAUCAGCUAACAACCUUGAGGUAGCCAAGUUGUUAGUGGCCAAGGACCAACAUCUGCCCAAUAUUUAUUAUGAGGAUGAUUUUCUACCUCUCCACGUAGCUGCUUUACUUGGCUACAAGAAUAUGGUUCUUUACUUAAUGGACGUCACCGGAAAAGACGGCGACGUUGGAGGCUAUGGGCCUAUUUUUGUUGGUGCUUUGUCAAUUCGUGGUCUAUACGGUGAGUAUAAUUUUUAUUUUUAUAAUAAACAGAAAUAGAAAAUGCAAUAUGAAAUACUGUAAUAGUACGUUAACCUUUUCUUUCCUCUCUCUUUAACAGACAUUGCUCUGCUAGUCCUUCAGCGCUAGGGUGCUUUAAUUGCAAAGGAAGGAAACCUGUUGGAAGUAAUUGCUAUGCAAAAUUCUGCAUUCAAGAGUGGAACAAAAUUCAACUUUUGCCAAAGAUUAAUCUACUUUUGUUAGUCUAAUCUAUCCUUUCUCUCUCUUCUUCAUCUAUGGAUUUUUUGGCAAGGAUCAAUCUUUUUUAGGAAUGUAAAUCAGCACAUAUAUUCCUUAAAAUCUAGGAAUCAAUAUUACUAAGUAAAUUUAACCAAAAAAAUAUUACUAGGUAAAUUUAGCACACUUAAUCUAGGUUUUUCUUUUUUAAAUAGUCUUGUGGAGUUGGAAGAGUCUAUAUACAGUAGAGACAUUAACUGCUUACUGUUUUCUAAUCUAGGUGUUCCUACGAAGUUGGAAGAGUCUACAUGCCAUUGUAGUUGAGAAUCCUACCCAUUGCUGCAUUUCUGGUCUGUUUAAAUCCAAUAAUUCUAUCUCUAUUUGAUAUAUUGUUUUUUCUUUUCUUUAUUUUUUAUUUUUUAUGGGGAUAUUGGUAAGACUUGAAAUGUUAUUUCCACCUUUCCAUGUUAGCUUAUACUACAAUUCUACAACGUUUUUAGCCUAACCAAUUAUCAAUUCAAAAUUAUUCUCUCUAGUCCAUAAUAAAAUGUCUUAUCUUUUUUUUUUUUUUCUAACAACGUUUUUAACCUAACCAAUAAUCAAUUCAAAAUUAUUCUCUCUAGUCCAUAAUAAAAUGUCUAUCUUUCCUUUUAUUAUGCCUCAAAUAUAUAUAUAUAUUACUUGGGUGCCAGCCCCGUGACUUUCAU